CCCUUACGCCGUGCCCGGAGCCUGGCGGCGGCCGCGCUGACGGUGGUGUUGUGUCUUAUCGUCGGCAGCCAUGAGGUCGCUGUGUCUCGUCACCGUGGGGGUCCUGGCUCUGACGCUGCUCAUCGCCAGCAUCUCCUUGUUGGUGGCGCAUGUCUUCCAGACGGUGGUGGACCUGCAGGUGAAGCAGGGAACAGUAUUAAAAAAUGGCACAGAAACCUUUGAAGCUUGGGAAGAUCCUCCUCCACCAGUCUACAUGCAGUUUUACUUUUUUAAUGUGACAAAUCCACUAGAAGUGCUUCAAGGUGCUACUCCUCUUGUAGAGGAAAAAGGGCCAUAUACCUACCGAGAAUACAGGCCGAGAGUGCAUGUUCAGUUUUUGGAUAAUGGCACCAAAGUAUCUGCUCUGAAUCCAAAGACGUAUGUAUUUGAACCUGAGAAGUCAGUUGGAAACCCUGAAGUGGAUUUGAUUAGAACCAUCAAUGUUCCUGCAGUGACUGCAAUGGAGUGGACCAGGGCAACUUCUCUUCAGUUUGCCACGGAGGUGCUAUUGCUCCUAUACCAAGAAUCCCUGUUUACAGUUCGCACAGUGCAUGAAUUACUGUGGGGCUACAAAGACAAACUCCUGUCAACCAUUCAUGUUUUGCAUCCUGAAAUCGAUCCAGUGUUUGGCUUCUUUAAUAAGAUGAAUGGAACUGAUGAUGGCGAAUAUGUUUUCCUAAGUGGAGAAAUGAACUACCUUAACUUCUCAAGAAUUGUGGAAUGGAAAGGAAAAGAGUCAUUGAACUGGUGGACAACAAAGACUUGUAACAUGAUCAAUGGAACGGAUGGGACAUCUUUUCAUCCACUGAUUAGCAAAGAUGAGAACAUUUAUAUAUUUUCUUCUGAUUUCUGCAGAUCUCUUUAUCUGGUGUAUGACAGCUCAGGAAGUGUUGCAGGCGUCCCAACCUACCGCUUUGUGCCCUCCCCUAUGGUGUUUGCCAACACCACUGUUAACCCAGACAAUGCUGGAUUCUGUGUACCACCAGGAAACUGCCCUGGUGCUGGUGUCCUCAAUGUCAGCAUCUGCAAGCAAGGUGCUCCCAUAUUUCUGUCAGCUCCACAUUUUUACCAAGCAGAUCAAAAGUUUGUAAGUGACAUAGAGGGCAUGCACCCAACAAAGGAAUACCAUGAGACAUUUGUGGAUAUCAAUCCUCUGACAGGGCUUGUCCUGCAAGCAGCCAAGCGGAUGCAGAUCAAUAUUCAUGUCAGAAAAUUACCUGAGUUCUUUGAAACGGGCAACAUCCGAACACUAAUUUUCCCAGUGAUGUAUAUAAAUGAGAGUGUUCUGAUUGAUGAAGCAUCUGCCAACAAACUCAAGCACGUCCUGCUGGAAGCCAGUGUUGUAACUGGAAUCCCUUUUGUAAUCAUGGCAAUAGGAAUUGUUUUUGGGAUUGUUUUUAGUGUGCUUGUGUGCAGGGCCCAGGGGGCAAGAGAAGAGAGCACUGAAGAAGAAAGGUCCCCGCUCAUCAGGACAUAGUAAUAGAUCUUCUUAAAUACGUGAGCUUGGAGAAUAAAUCAUUAGAGCUUACCUAAUGUCAGCUACCACUACCCAGUGUUGUCCACUGUGGAGAAACAGUCGUGUCAAGUGUAACGUUCAAAGAUGGAAGAGAAUCUGCACUGUCGUCAGGGGAGGAGACUUUUCUUAGCAGCUAAGUUACAACUACAAAACUACAUUUUAAAACUGCUCGAGAUCCCGCUUUUUUCAGCCCUGCACUCUCUUGUACCUGCACUGACACUCAGAGACGAUCAUAACCACUUUACCGGUGAAAAUAAAAUGGCCUGAUUCGUUACAGAAACGACGGGUAACAUUUGCAAAUGGCCUUAGGAGCGUGGGCUGCAAAGAACCCUUGUAGAGAUGCAGCAGGUUCCUGCGUCACUCACACACCUGCCGGUUUCCCGUAGCCUCACUGUUGUGGUUUCUGUAAAGUACUGCGCUGCUUACUGCCGGUUUGCACUGACUGUUUGUUAUUAAAGUCAUCGGUCCUUCCACAGACCGGAUCUGUACAACUAA